CUUGAAGGGGAAUGUCACUGGUGCUAUAACUUCUUAUAAACCUAUAUAAUAAGAUACACAGGAUCAUGAUGCCUUUAUAUCACAUUUAUACUUGAUUAAGACAACGAGUGGACCGCAACUGCUGGACAGACGUGCUCCUCUGACCAUUGUUUUCACUUCAUGCACCUUUAUCUCUCAGCUUGACUGAGGACAGAAGAUAAUGAGUAUCGAUGCUGACCUCGCUGUUUAUCCAGGUCAGUUGUUCAAGUGCUGUUUAAAUUGAGGGGCACAUAACAAGGCUGGACCUGCGAGCUCAGUGUGGAAAAGGUGUGGUCAUGGCUGUUGAUUACAUGGAAGAAUGGGCUGAACAUGAGACAGAGAGAGAAACAGGGAGUGGAGAGACGGACAGAAUCAGAGCUCUGAAGGUAUUUGUGGGAAGGAAAUCUACCAGGAGAACUUAACUUAAAAUUACCUCUCCGAGCUGUAAAACCAGUUUCAGUAAUGAUUAAUAAUCAGGCACAUGGUGGAACCUAUAAUGCAGGGUUUCAUCACGAGGAAGAAAGACCCCCUGCGUACGCCCCGCAACAGGGGCUAUACCCUUCCCUCCCGCGUGAAACCCCCAGCUAUGUUGCAUGCACUCCUCAAACCAUCAACACCCACCACACUGUGACGCCUGGAACGCCGCAUAACAUAGGACAAAAGAGAGGAUCACCGAAAUGCCACUGGAAAUACAUCCUGUGUGCGUCUCUAUGUGCCGUUCUGGUCCUGGCGGUAGUCGGCCUCUUGCUCUGGUACUUCCUAUACUACCAGUGUUUACUGGGGAAGUCGUGUGGUGGUGGUGGGACGUGUCUGAGCGCCUCUCAAUGGUGUGAUGGAGUCCAGGACUGUUCACAUGGAGAGGAUGAAGCUCAGUGCUUUCGCCUCCAUGGGACCAACUUCAUGCUGGAGGGUUACUCAUCACACAGCCAGACGUGGAUGCCCGUGUGCUCCGACAACUGGGACAACAACUAUGGGCGUGCUGUGUGUGAGGACAUGGGCUACAAUAGGCUGGAUUAUGUGCAAUACACUCUAACUAAUGCAGGUUCUUUAGCUGCAAAGGGAUACAUGAAGCUGAAGUCUGGAAGUUACUAUGGAUCACAUUUACAAUCCCAGCUAACUCCCAGCCAAAGCUGCUCAGGAAACGCUGUUGGCCUUCGUUGUAUUGCCUGUGGACAGAGUUCAGCAGCCCCCACUACUCGUAUCGUAGGUGGUACACAGGCGGUAGAUGGAGCCUGGCCGUGGCAGGUCAGCCUCCAGAUUCAUCAUAGACACAUCUGUGGAGGUUCCAUUAUCAGCCCUUACUGGAUUGUAUCUGCUGCACACUGCUUUCAACAGAACUCCUAUCCCAGAAUAUGGACAGUACAAUCCGGCAGUGUGAACUUGCAUACAAUGAGCAAUGGCAAAUCUGUUAGUAGAAUCAUCAGUCAUGAAAAAUUUGACUCGAAGACCAAUAACAAUGACAUCGCUCUUCUAAAGCUCAAAGAACCUCUGACAUUUACAAGAACAGUGAGUCCAGUGUGUCUCCCCAACUUUGGCGUACAGCUGUCUGCAGGAAAGCAAGCUUGGAUUACAGGAUGGGGAGCCUUGCAUUCAUCUGGACCAAGCCCCGACCUACUAAAUCAGGCUGAGGUGACCAUCUACAGCAGGGAGACAUGUAACAGACCUGAGAUAUUAAAUGGAGAUAUCACUGAGACCAUGAUCUGUGCUGGCAAACUGCAGGGAGGAGUAGACUCAUGUCAGGGUGACAGUGGAGGACCCCUGGUAGUCAAGGAGGGAAAUGUAUGGUGGCUGGCAGGGGACACAAGCUGGGGGAUUGGAUGCGCUUUGAGGAAUAAGCCAGGAGUCUACGGCAACGUCUCCUACUUCAUUGACUGGAUAUAUGAGCAAAUGCAGGAAUAUUGACGGAGCUGUGGGUGAACAUGAAGACAAUCCUCUUCCAUUAAUCAGUGUUCCUCACUAUCACACACUUUGCACUGUGAAGUUGCGAGGGAACUUAUUAAUCAGAAAGAUUUUCCAAAACAAACAAACACAGAUUUUACUAAUAAAACCAAAUGUGUCACUUCCUUAUUUUUAUAUGUUUAUUACUACAUAUUGAAUGUUUGUAUUUGAACAAAUUUAUUCUAUUUAUUUACUAAAAGACAAUAAAACAUUUUUUUCA